UGGAUAUUGAAAAAGAACGUCACCAGCCUCACAAAUUUAGCUUUAGCCAAAAUUAGCUUGGCGUACAAACUGAGUAUUUUUCUUAACAGCUGACCAUACCGGGGUACCGGUUAUUUAUUUGGUGUUAUCUGGUUUAACAAUACGAAACAUGUAUAUCAAAGCCUUACCCCGAUGCAGGGACAUGCUGAAAGGAGAACUGACCGUGUGAAAUACUGGUUAGCGUCAGUAAAGCUAACUGACGAGCAGGGGCCGAGAGACCAAAGUAGCUACCAUUAACGGAAGCUAAUCCUGUCACAACAAGCCUGGGCACUUAAACAUACCUGGCCCCGGAGCUACGAGAAGGACUGACUGACUGAAUUAUUUCCUAUACUACGAAGUAGCAGUGGGUCUCUAGAGGCCAGAGCCAUGGGUGCGUUCCUAGACAAACCCAAGACAGAGAAGCACAAAUUGCAUGGUGAAGGUAAUGGCCUGCGCUAUGGCCUAAGCUCCAUGCAGGGCUGGCGGGUGGAGAUGGAGGAUGCUCAUACAGCCAUUUUGGGACUUCCUGCUCCUGGCAUGACUGACUGGUCAUUUUUUGCUGUGUAUGAUGGUCAUGCUGGCUCAAAGGUUGCCAAUUACUGCUCUAAACAUCUUCUGGAACACAUAAUCAAUGCCAGCUUAAGGGUCAGAGGGACACAAGGCUCCCAGGCUGGCUUAGACAGCAAAACCUCAGCUCAAGCUCCUCCUACAGUAGAAGCUAUCAAAUCCGGGAUCCGUACCGGGUUCCUGGCGAUUGAUAAUCACAUGCGCAGCCUCUCAGACCUGCGGAAUGGCAUGGACCGUAGUGGCUCCACAGCAGUGGGAAUUCUUCUGUCACCUGAGCAUUUCUUCUUCAUUAACUGUGGUGAUUCUCGAGCUGUCCUUUACCGCAAUUCACAGGUGUGCUUUUCCACACUCGACCACAAGCCUUGUAAUCCACGUGAGAGAGAGCGCAUCCAGAAUGCUGGUGGGUCAGUGAUGAUUCAGAGGGUUAACGGAUCACUGGCUGUUUCUCGAGCUUUGGGGGACUACGAUUACAAGUGUGUGGAUGGAAAGGGCGCCACUGAGCAGCUGGUCAGCCCUGAACCAGAAGUGUUUGACUUGAUUCGGGCCCCGGAACAAGAUCAGUUUGUGGUCCUGGCAUGUGAUGGUAUCUGGGAUGUCAUGUCCAAUGAGGAUCUGUGCGACUUUGUGAAAUCAAGGCUUGAGGUGUCUGAUGACCUGGAAAGAGUCUGCAGUGAAGUGUUGGAUACAUGUCUGCACAAGGGGAGUCGAGAUAACAUGAGUGUUGUGUUGGUGUGUUUGCCCAACGCUCCCAAAGUGUCAGAGGAAGCCGUGAGAAAAGACGCUGAGCUCAACAAUUAUCUGGAGUCUCAAGUGGAAGAGAUGCUGUCUCGCCCAGUACAGGAGGGAUUUCCAGACCUGGUAACUGUGAUGAGGAAUCUGUCGACUGACAACGGGAUGCCACCUCUGCCUCCAGGGGGAGGCCUUGCCAGCAAACACGGUGUUAUUGAAGCAGUAUACACUCGUCUAAUCCCAUACAGGGAGGAAGAUGGGCAGAUCAAGUAUUAAAAUGGCCCUCUGGUUUUUACAGGGUGUCUCCAUGGUUGUGAGGUGAUCAGGUUUAGACCCACCAGGUUGAGCAAUAGGAAAAAGGAGACAGUAAUGCAACAUUACGCAUGCCAACUGCCAUAAAACAACAACAGGACUCCAUGGUUGUAAAUUGAAAAUAUACUGUUCCUGCUGGAGGUCAGAUGUGGCUCUGUAUCUUUCGUCUUCAUGCCAAACUUGCUCCUUCAUUGAUUGAUUCCAUGAUUCAGUUUUAAAAUGAUAAGAUAUACAAAAUAAUCGUAGGAUAUUCACCGCAGGGAGAUCAUGCAAGAGAGUCAUCAGUUAUGUCUCGUUGUCAUGCUCAAUAGGUUUCUCUUUGUCACCAGUGCAGUUAGUUGUUAAGUCACGGAAUGGGAAAUAAAAGAGACAUUUGUUUAUUUUGUAUUUAUUAAAGUUGAAGAUGUGUGACUCAAAGAAGUGUAUGUUGGUGUUAUCCAUCAAUCAAAUUGUGUUUUAAAGAUUCCCUGAAGUGUGGUUGUCCACAUAUACAGUAUCCCAUAAAGGUUUUAGGCAGGUGUGGGAAAAAAUGCUCUAAAGUAAGAACACAUUCACAAAUAUAAAUUCUAAUUGUUUAUUUAUUUUUUUUUUUACUCCACUGUGUGUGUGUGUGUGUGUUUGUGUGUGCUCACCUGUUUGCCAGAUUUUAAACAACACUGAGGUGACCAUCACAUUGCCUCACACAAUAUACCAAAGUAUCCGACAUAGGUUAAGCCACUGCUAACUGCAGAAGUGUCUCCCCACCGUUGUACAGGCUCUCUUAAGAAUACACAAUUGUGUUCAGAGCAGCAUGAUGAGAGGAGAGAUGAGUGACGAGGUGGGAAAGAAGGUGCUGCUGCUGCUGCUGCUGCUGAUGUUGCUGCACAGAGGAAUCUGUGUGAUGCAUCAAGUUUUGUUAUUCUAAAAAAAUGCAAACAAAUCUGAUCUUAAUGAAACCGUGGUGCCGGUUUAUCCGAGGGUGCUAACAUCUAAAUUGUACGCAUAGUGGCAUUCGCUUUCUAAUCAUAAUGUUUACUUAAGGAUUCUUAAUUGUAAGAACUGAUCAGCAUAAGUCGUUUUUAGUUUGAGGACCAUAACUUUUUUUGUCUCUGAAAUAUGGCUCUCGAGCAUGCGUCAAGACUAAUAAACCUCUGCUGUUUAGCCGUUUUAUUGACCAUUGUAAAGAUAACCACAGGUUGCUUAACUUGAUGGGGCUUCAGGAAUUUAGUCUCUAAGUGUGAACUGACAUGAAGUAAAACUGGUUGAAAUAACUCCUAUUUAGAUUUUGUAUAAUAGACAUGGGAAACAUAUUUGAUUUUAUUGCAAGUCAUAUUUUUACAAGUAAACCCUAUGUCCACUGAGAUGGGCACAGCAUCCCCCGUGACCCUCAUGUGGAGGAUAAAGUGGUAGAAGAUGGAUGGAAAAAAAACCACAACCAUCUCUUUAUCUUGGCUUCAUUCUAGUAAUAGUAAUAUAAAUUUGACGUACCCAAAGCCUGUUAAAGCUGCAGUAAGCAGGAUUGCAAGAGUGACUCAUGUUUCAGGAUUGCAUCUGUUUGUCCUGACCUUUUCAUUAGAUAAGCAAAAACAGAUGCCCUUGUUUCAUACCCACACAUGACUCGAGGCAAUCUGUCCACAUUUCUGCUGAUACCGAAGCACAUUUUAGAUUCUUUCUUUAAGCGCAGGCAGUUGUUGCCAAUUUGCAAUGGUUGAUUUAUGUUGCACCAAAAACCUUAAAAGAAGACACCUUUAAAUAGAAUAAACUUUUUUUUGUUUUAAUCUGAGCCACUAAAAGAGUGAUAAAUUAAAAAAGCCUGUAAUUUUUCAUAGCUGUUUCAGCUAGUAAAGCCUUCAUCCAGGCAAAUACCAUUAAUUUUGUGUUUGUAAAGCAUUGUUUUUUGUACAAAAUGGGGAAUGAAAAAAGCAACUAAAAAAUAAACAACAUUAAAAUACACUGCCUGGCCAAAAAAAAAAAAAAAAGUUGCACCCAUGAUGCCUAGUGCCUACUGUACAAGCCUGUGGGGGCCGUUCUAUGAUCUGGGGUUGCUGCAGUUGGGCAGGUCUAGGUUCAACAACAUUAUGUGCCCAAAGAAUGAGGUCAGCUGACUACCUGAAUAUAAUGAAUGACCAGAUUAUUCCAUCAAUGAAUUCAUCGGGCUCAAAUUAUGAAAGAGUGGUUCAGGGAGCAUGAGACAUCAUUUUCACCAUAGAGUCCAGAUCUUAACCCCAUUGAGAAUCUUUGGGAUGUGCUGGAGAAGGCUUUUGCACAGUGGUCCAACUCUCCCAUCAUCAAUACAAGAUCUUGAUUAAACACUGGACAGAAAUAAAUCUUGUGGCAUUACAGAAGCUUAUCGGAACAAUGCCACAGCGAAUGAGUGUCGUAAUCAAAGCUAAAGGAGGUCCAACCAAAUAUUAGUGUCAGGCAGUGUCUUAAAAGUAAUAAAUAAUAUCAAAUCUUGCGUGGUAAACACCUUGACACGCACUCAUUUACAUUGAUAAGGCUUGUAUAGAUUUGUCUAACUGUGUGUUCACCCUCUGGUUAACGCAGCCCUCCUGUUUCAUUUGGUAAGUGAUCACAUAUAUAAUUGUUAAACCCGUGCCCCCUUUCUUCCAACCACUCAUUUACACACACACACACACACACACUUGCAUACAUUUGUACAGGCAUGUAAGUGGUGACCUGUUACGCACUUUUCCUUGUCACACCUCCAUCAAUCUCUGCUCCCUCCUCUGGUCUACUUUCUGGCAUGUGGAGCUGCAAGUCGAGUUGAAGCCUUACCUGUGUGUGUGUGUAUGGACAUGACUGUCCAGGUUUGAUGAGGAUGAAUGAAUGAUCGUUGUCUCUGCUCCUCUCUCACGUGUCGCACACAAACUUGCAUGCACUGGGCCUACACGCAUGCACUCUCUUGUCUUUGCACAGCUGCACGCAAGCACUUAACAGUCUCUCUUUCUAUGUUACUCCCCGCAAUAAGAUGGAAGGCACUGGAUUUGUGUUGAUAUCAUUGCAGAAAGAACCGACACGCUGAGGUUACAAGGAUGCUCUCGCUUACUCUCACUUACUAUUGCUAUUUUUAGUUCCGGUUGUUAUUUUCUGGUUGUGUUUCAAUCAAAGAGAAAGCUGCAGUUGAACAGCAGGUUGCGGAGUGAAAUCAUGGAAUGUUGCUGUAAAGCCAUUUGAUAAAAGUGUGUUCCCUCUUUCUCCCUGCUGUCCCUCCCCUUGUCUCAUUUUUUUCUUUUUCUUACUUCCAUUGGUUCUCUCUUUCCUGUUGUACUCUAUUUUUUUUUCCUUUUUUCUCUGUGCAUUGUCCCUCCCCCUUCUCUCGCUUUCAUCUCACAGAGUGGAGCUGAGUUUGAGUAUCACUGGUAGCUGCCCAGCACGACCGCCUGAUCCAACAACACAGGACCACUCUUCCAACCAUACAUCACCUUCUAAUUUCCUGAUUGUUUUCCCCCCCCCCUCCACACUGAGAGAUCAAUCAAAGCAGAAAUCAUGGUUUUGGGAAACCCUCGGCAAACUGGAGGACCAGACUUUUUUUUUUCUCAAUAGAACAAAAUGGUGAACUGCAUUAAUUGUUUGGAAAAAGAGCAGCAUAUAUAAUAGUAUAUACAUAUUUGGAGAGGCAAACAUGCACGCUUUCUUUCUCUUGCCCCGUUGUGUCCUUGCUUUUUUUGUAGUGGUCGUGUCGUGGAUUGAUGGAGACACAGGAGCAGCCUUGCUCUGAACGCUUAAAGGCUCUUAGGUGCCUUUCUCAGUUCUGAGAGUCGACAGUGAGCCAUGACCAAACCAGCCACUGUUGGAUGUUAGUCAGACUCUGAUUUGACUUGAGUGGUUGAUAGACUGGACUGUGGUUCCCCAUGCACACAGUUCAGGCAAGUCCUGGUCUCUGCUCAAAUAUCUACCCAGCUCACCUCAAAGAACUUGGAGGGUUAAAACUGGACGUCUGGGUUAAAGCCUCAAAGUCUGCGCCAGGGAGCUCCAUCACCUGAACACAAGAGGAACACUUUGAGAGAACUAAGACUGUGGGGGCAACCGAUUUCAGCUUCAUCCCUCCAUACUUUGUCCAAAGUAAAACAAAAUAUGGGCAGGUAUGCCAGGCUGCACAGAGGAAUUUCAUGGAUUAAAUUCACUCACACCAAGUGUGAUGUCUCUUUUUGCACGCCCAUUUACCCCUCAAUUGCUUGAAGCAGGCUUGUUCAACGACUACUUUUAGAAGUCCCAUAUGCGUUUUAUUUUGUCUGACCAGUACGAAAAAAUAAUUCGUUUUCACAAUUGGAAAAAGAAACAUUACAAAACAUCAAAGAAAAAAUGCACCUCUGCUCAAACGGCCUGGAAUAAAACCUUUAAAAAAAUAAAACAAUUUGUGCUGGAAGUCUACAAUGAAUGGGGCUGAUAUGGAAAUGUCUGAUUCUGUCCUAAUCAAACAAUGUUAAUACCCAUAAAGUACUUUUUCAUUUGA